AGUAGACUCAAAUCAUCUUAAGAGAAGUUUAAAAGAAGAAAAGAAAAAAUGGAAACUACGGCUUUUAACACAACCGCACGAAUUGGAAACUGGUCAUCAGCUAUUUCUCCACCUCUACAGACAUGUGGAUCGUUCAACUGGCAGCUACCAACACGAAAAAGUGUUAUUUUAGCAAAUCUUCAAAACUCAAACUUCCGAUGGAGGAAAGCAACGACAACAAGCAGAGGAAAUGUUGCAGCAGAGGCAGCUAGAAUUCCUACAUCAGUACCGGUAAGAGUGGCGCGUGAGCUAGCUCAAGCUGGAUACAAGUAUCUCGACGUGAGGACACCAGACGAGUUCAGUAUCGGACAUCCGACUAGGGCCAUCAACGUACCUUACAUGUACAGAGUCGGAUCAGGAAUGGUUAAGAACCCGAGUUUUCUAAGACAGGUCUCAUCCCACUUCAGGAAACACGACGAGAUCAUCAUCGGUUGUGAGAGCGGAGAAAGGUCUUUCAUGGCUUCUACUGAUCUUCUCACUGCUGGCUUCACCGCGAUUACAGACAUUGCUGGAGGAUACGUUGCUUGGACGGAGAAUGAGCUCCCAGUAGAAGAGUGAAAACACACAAGCCCAGUCAAAUAUCCUGUAAUUAUCAAUACUUUAUGUAGAUGUUCUAAACCCAAGUGGUUUCUGUAAUCUGAAUGACAUCGUUUAUGACGAGUUAAUAAUAAUACUUGCUUCGUAA